ACUUUUUUCUUGAAAAGCUAUAUCGAAGCCAAUCAGCAAAAAUGUCGAAGCUAUAAAAAUAGAUUUCCGACAGAACAUUAGUUUAAUGUACUUUGGAGACUUAUGCUACCGGUGUAUGUCUUGUUUUAGCUAAGAUAUAUGUAACAGAACGGUAAUACUAAAUCAACUGGCAUAUCCAAGCUGUAAUACGAUAACCUGAAUGGCUUUGUAAUGGUAUUGCACGAAUCGGUAAUACAUAUGAUUCCUACCCCCAGAAUGGAUUGUUAAUGUUUAUCAGAAAUUACUCUAUAUCCAUUUUCAAGCAAAGUAACAAUGAUAGAAUGAAUAAAUAGACUUUGGUGAUUGGUUAAACAACAAAAUAUUUUAUCCAAUUAUAUUGUUCUGACGACAGACCAGAAUAAAUCGAAAUCUGAAGUAGGAAAUAUCGUAAGAGUAUAGAAUAACAACGACCAGUCACACGAGGAUAUAACUUUUAGGCUUGCAGGGGAAAUCCAAUCAUCACGUAUGACAAACAGUAGAUACCUUUAUAUACUGCUCAAAUCGUCCAAAAUAAUAACGAAAAAUUAUUUUUUACCAUUGUAGUAUAAAAAGAUGAUUGCCACAACUUUCCAAACGGUAUAUUAUUAUUUUGCAUAUUGUGUAUAACGGACAGGUCAACAUUAUCAUUCAAUCCUACCUGUAAAUCUUUAAUUCUGGAACGAAUCAUUACCUGAUGGUUUUCUGUUUUAUGGACGAACAAAUCAAACAGUGGCCCUUGCGUUUUCGCGUAAAAUUCAUUCGCCUGUAAGGCUACUUCUCAUUUUUUCAUCAUAGCUGAUGUCACUUCGCGAUGGAAACCGUAACCCUAAAUCUGGGUACUUUUAAAAAUUUAUUUAGGUAACAUCAAGAUUUCUAGAAGAAGGACAAUCUAUGCCCAUAAGGAUGUAGUGUCUAGUACCAUGUCAAGCCCAUAUGUGCUAUUUUGGCUUCUGGAUGGACCAAUUUAUUCAUUCUCCUUUAGUCACAUUUUGAAGUUGUCGUUCAUUCGCUUAUAAACCUUGAUUGUUUCUAUAUUGCAAUAUUAUGGAUUUUAAACCCAUAAAUGACUUACCAGAAUCAACAUAUUCACAAUAUGCUUGUUUUGAUGUAUUGCGUUUAGCUACAGUACGUGGAGCUGAAUUAGCAUCUUUUGAAUCUAGUGUCAAUGUUUUAACUAGCACUGCACUUACUGGACUUCAACGAUUGCCUGUUCGUUUACGAAGACGCGCUGCAAGUCAUCGUAUCAAUAGAUUACCUCGUCGUUUUCAUAAACAUCAUCAUCUUGCAAACCCUAAUGAGAAUGGUUCUAAGUCUGGGACAUUUCGAAUUAAAAAUAAAUUGAAAUCCCGCCGAUAUCGUCGGCGUACAUUACGUCUUUUAGCUUUACAUGCACGUUUUAUUACAACAAAUAAACAUAAUAACCAUUUAAAAAAGAAAAAAUCAUUCUGGUUACCAACACAUAUAUGGCAUGCUAAACGAUUUCAUAUGAUUACAAAAUGGGGUUGGCGUUUACCUUAUGCACCAACGAAUAAAAUAUUCAAAGCAUGUUAUAAAGCAUCUCAUAAUGGUUGUUUAUUGUUUGACGUCAGUUAUCUUAAUUGUUUCCAAAUAUAUGGACCUGAGAAUAUGUUAGUGAAAUUUUUAAAUAAUGUAUUUCAAUUAGAUUAUCAAGUUGAUUCUUGGCUUCCUGAAUUGUCCAACAUGAAAACUCCUUUAUGGUCAUGUGAACAAACUGGAAUUUUAUACGCAACUAAUAAAUAUGUUAAAGAUAUUUCUCGUCCAGUACUUGGACCUGUUCGAAUUCUAUGGGGUUCAUUAAAUUCACUAAACGAAAGCUUUCGUCAUAUUUGGUUAUGGCUUCAUCCAGCAAUGUCUGCACCAGCUUGGGAAUUACUACAAACUUCUAUUAAAGAAGUCAAUUCUUUAAAUGAUACACAAUAUGCACUUGAACUAGAUGAUGUAACGGGUUACUUUUGUCGCCUUCGUUUAAUCGGUCGACAAUCACAUGGAUUAAUCAGUGAUAUUAUUCAAUUGAAGAAUGGGAGUACACUUGACGAAAAUUGGACAUCUUGGAAUAAUGUUUCUACAAGUAUACGUGAAGCUGUCUGUGUCCCAUCGGGACUUGUUAUUAGUCUACAGGAUUGUGAAAAUUUCCGUUCUAAUAGGCCACGUUUGAAAAUUCGUAAUCGAAAUUGGUCUCUCAUGCCAAUCAAAUUAAGUGACAAUGAUCCUCAAAAUCAGGACCAAUUACGUAUGAAUGAAUCGUCAAAUAACAAAUCUGGUUUCGUACUACCUUCUGGUAAACAAUUAUCUUGGUUAGAUAUUAAUAAAUUCUAUCCAAAUCACACUAAUUCACCUGACCAAUUACUCUCAACAAAAAUUAAUCUGGAAACUAAAGAAAACAGUAUAGAUGUUGUUUUGAUCCAGAAUAGUACACCGUCAUUGAUUCGUUCUUCACCUGAAACCGUUGGUUGGGAUAUAAUAUUACGACGAAAUUUUCCACAGUCAGAUAAUGAUUUAUUACUUCGUGGUUCUUUAACAGCGCGUGAUUUUCUUAUAGCUUGUGUUUAUCGAGGAGCUGAAGUUGGAGGUCUACGAGAUUUAUAUUAUUGGGCGGGACUUGGAACAUGUGCAGGUGGACGUUUUGAUUCAUUUCCAGAAACUUUAUGGCCUGAUACCUUAGCUGGUCGGAAAUCUGCAGAAAUUGUCACUAAAGAGAAGUUAAAUAAAUUGAUUCGCCUUCCAAGUAAUUUACGCCCUGAUUUUACUAAAUUCGGUAUUACUUGUCCAUUUCUUUAUCCUUGGUCUGAACUGAUUACACAAAAUUCUAUAAGUGUUGGAAAAACAAUGGAUUCAAUUGUUUCAUCAACAAUUUCUAGUAAUGAUAAUGUAAUUACAUCUAGUUCAGUUGAUAAUAAUCAAUGGUUUGUUCUUCGUGAGCCAGGAUUACUUCGUUUAGUUGUACAUAGAAUGAUCAUUGGAGAAAAUCGUGCUAAAUUAUCAUUACAACAAUUGUAUAAUUAUAAUUCAUUACUUUUAAAUGCAAUUAUUCUAGUUUAUGUGAAAACUGAACACCGAGGCGUACCACAGGCAUAUGCGCGUAUUUACGCAUUCUAUCCUAAUGAAUCUAAUAGAAAAAAUUCAAAAGAGGAUAACAGUAAUCCUGUGACUAAUUCAGCAGAUGAUAAGGAAUCUCCUCAGAAUUUUCGUCUUCUAAUUGGUUAUGUUCAAGAUGGUGGUUAUGGUCAGUCACUAGGUCGUGGAAUUGGAUUGGGUUUCAUCAGUUUAAGUGCUUUAUCAAAUGCUUUAAAUUUGAUUAACACUACCAAAAGAAUAAAAUAUUGCAUUCAAAAUCCUACGUCACAUCAAUCCUAUAAUGUCAGACUUUCUGUAGUGAUUUAAGAAAGAUAUUCAGUUACUAUGUUUAUUGUCUAUAAUGUAAAAAAGCAAUAUAAUUUAUACGAAGUGUCUGCUUUCAGUUUGUAACACAGUAUGUAAUACCUCUUUAAUGUCAUAAUCUAUUCAACCACCGAUUAAGAUUAUCUUCCAAACUCUAAACAGUUAGUUCAUGUUUUCCAGUGUUAGUAUAUAAGUUUAGUAACUAAUGCGACUGCUACUCUGAAUCUUCCAUCCUCUUCUUAAUUACUGUAAUAUUGCUUAACGAAUAUAGGUUGCAAUCGGGUACUCACAUUCGAAACUUUCCAUUCAUUACGAAUAUUGUUUCUUGAAUUUUGCUUAAUCCUUGUUUGUAACUGCAAUAAUAUUGGUUAAAAUGUCUUAAAUGUGUCAUUGGAACACAUCACAAUACUGAAAAUCUCCGAAAAAUACGUUUAUGCGGCCUCCUAAAUUGAUAUUGAAUAUUAAAGUUGGUGGUUAUUUGUGGUGUAACAAAACUAUUAAUCUGUGUCCUGUAAAUCUACCAAUCUGUCUACUAUUACGUAAUGAAUGUAUAAGUCAAUGGAAAUAAAUUUAACUAUCUCCAAGGGGAUAUCUGCUAAAUACGUUCAGUGAUAUAGAUUCCUAAUGAUGUCAUCAAUAUUUACAACUAUAUCUGUUAUCAUCCUAUAAGGUUGAGGUUGAAAUGCUGUCCACAUAAAAAAAUAUGAUAAUUUGAACGGGUUUAUUUAGUAUUAGAAUAAUUGAUACAAUAAAUUUAGCUUUCUCUACUGUUCAGGUACUUAGAAUACAUAGUAUCAUUGAUUCACUAUUUAGGCUGCUUUAAGUUAUAGUUAAUUUUUGAUUUAUGUUUCAUGUAUAUGUUUUAGUUUCUUAUCGAAAGUCUCAAAUUUUGAACAAUUAGUUAAAUACCGUAGAAUAGUAUGGAGCAUCAAUACAAAAUACUACAAGUAUUUAUUAGAACACAGAUUUAGGAACGAAGAAUAUUAUUUCUAAUAAUUCCUCAUCAGAAUCUACAUUUGUAUAUCCAAAUUGACGAGCCAUGAUGAUAAGAAUACUUAAUAUAAGUUACGUGUUAAUUGCUGGGAGCGGACUUCGUCAAUUAGAACAAACCGAUAACAGUUGAAUCCUUAAAAAUAUAUAUGCGAUGAGGCCCUGAACUGCUUAGCACUUCAGGUUAUCACUAAGCCGCUCUAAACUCCACCUCUCGACCGAUCAUUUACAAUCAACUUAACAUACUCGCUACAAUUGUUUGUAAUUAACACAAGUCCAAUUUGUGACCUUGUUCCGUUUAUUUCGCUCCUACAUUCUUGGUUACAUCUUUAAUUAACACAUUAUUUGUACAGUUUU